UAUAUAAGGGCCCAGUCGAGUCUCGGAAGGUCAGUAGUCUCAGUACCGUCAAGAUGAAAGUACUCCUGCUGCUGUUUGCUCUCUAUCAAGCAGGGUCAGCGGCCGUCCCUGAGGUCCAGAACAUUGCCAACCCUUGCUCAGGAUCCGGCUAUGCCAAGGCUCUGUGUAUGUCCUACGUGUUCUACGAGGCACAGCGAUCCGGCCCACUCCCAGGGGACCAGCGUGUGACCUGGCGUGGUGACUCGGCCCUGGGGGACGGGAACGACGUGGGACAUGACCUCACCGGGGGGUACUACGACGCGGGCGACCACGUCAAGUUCGGCUUCCCAAUGGCCUUCACCGCCACCAUGCUCGGCUGGGGCCUCAUCGACUUCGAAUCAGGACACAGCAACGCGGGACAACUUGGCUACGGAAGGGCUGCUUUGAGAUGGGCCACCGACUACUUCAUCAAAUGCCACACCGCCGAGAGGGAGUUGUGGGGCCAGGUCGGUGACGGGAACGCCGACCACUCCUUCUGGGGACGCCCUGAGGAUAUGACCAUGUCUCGCCCCUCCUACAAGAUCGACAGUGGCGCCCCGGCUCUCUCUCGGACUUGGCUGGCAGAAACUGCCGCUGCCCUCGCCGCCGCUUCUAUUGUUUUCAAGAACAGUGACAGCGGCUACUCAAACACUCUGCUGACCCACGCCAAGCAGCUCUUCGACUUCGCUGACCAAAACAGAGGAAUCUACAGCGACUCGAUUUGGGCCGCUGCGGACUUCUACAGGUCGUGGAGUGGAUACGGGGACGAGCUGUGUUGGGCCGCCGCUUGGCUGUACCGCGCUACCAACGACAACACUUACCUCGAUAAGGCCAAGAACUUCUGGAACGAGUUUGGGGUCGGUAACACCCCAAGCGAGUUCUCGUGGGACAACAAGAACGCCGGCUCGCAGGCUCUGCUCUCGCUCCUGGACGGCGGCAGCACAUACAAGAACGCUUUCAGUAGCACAAUGAACUCCUUCCGCAGUAAGCCAACUACCCCCGGCGGCAUGGUCUUCAUCAGCGAGUGGGGAUCAUCCAGGCACGCCGCUAACGCCGCCUUCCUAGGCCUCUUCGCCAACAAGAUCGGGGUAGACGCAAGCACCAACUACAACUUCGGCAAGGGACAGAUCGAUUACCUCCUGGGCACAAACACCGGCCGCUCCUUCGUCGUGGGAUACGGCAGUGGACCGGAGAGGCCACACCACCGCUCCAGCUCCUGCCCUGACAUGCCCGAGUACUGUGACGGAAAUUGGGCCCUUAGCCAAUCUGGUCCCAACCCUCAAACCCUCUAUGGCGCCCUCGUUGGUGGACCAGGGCAGGACGGUAGCUACAAUGAUGACAGAAAUGACUAUGUGAAGAACGAGGUCGCUUGUGAUUAUAACGCGGCCUUCACCGGAGCUCUCGCCGCCCUGGUCUAUGUUGGGUCCGCUGAUAUAUCUUUUUCGAGGGUGUUUCGAGAGGGUUUUGGGAGGCUUGACCUGGCGCGUGUGAAAGCAGUGACGUCAUAUGGGAGGGAGGGAGGGGGGAGGGGCCCUCUGGGCACAUAUAAGGGCGCGGUCGAAUCCUUGGAGGUCAGUAGUCCUAGCACCGCCAAGAUGAAAGUACUCCUGCUGCUAUUCGCUCUCUAUCAAUCAGGGUUCGCCGCGGCCCCAGAGGCCCAGAACAUUGCCAACCCUUGCUCUGGAUCCGGCUAUGCCCAGGCCCUGUGCAUGUCCUAUGUGUUCUACGAGGCCCAGCGGUCCGGCGUGCUGCCCAGUGACCAGCGUGUGACCUGGCGUCAGGACUCUGCUCUCAACGACGGCAGUGAUGUGGGGCAUGAUCUCACCGGCGGCUACUAUGAUGCGGGCGACCACGUCAAGUUCGGCUUCCCAAUGGCCUUCACCGCCACAUUGCUCUCCUGGGGCCUCAUAGAUUUCGAGUCAGGACACAGUAGCGCGGGACAACUUGACUACGGAAGGGCUGCUGUGAGAUGGGCCACCGACUACUUCAUCAAAUGCCACACCGCCGAGAGGGAGUUCUGGGGGCAGGUCGGCUACGGGGAAUCGGACCACGCCUUCUGGGGCCGCCCGGAGGAUAUGACAAUGUCUCGCCCCUCGUAUAAGAUCGACACUGGCGCCCCUGGAUCGGACUUGGCUGGCGAAACUGCUGCUGCCCUCGCCGCCGCUUCCAUUGUUUUCAAGAGCAGUGACAGCGGCUAUUCGAACACUCUGCUGACCCACGCCAAGCAGCUCUUCGACUUCGCAGAUCAGAACAGAGGACUUUACAGCAACUCAAUUCCGGACGCAGCCAACUAUUAUAAUUCCUGGAGUGGGUACAAUGACGAGCUGGUCUGGGCGGCGACGUGGCUGUACCGCGCUACUAACGAUAACUCCUACCUCGACAAGGCCAAGAAUUAUUGGGAUGAGUUCGGAAUCCAAUACUCCUCCGAGUUCUCGUGGGACAACAAGGCCGUCGGCGUGCAGGCCUUGCUCUCCCUCGUGGACGGCGGCAGCACCUACACCAGCGCCCUCAGCAGCUCCCUCGCAUAUGUCCGGACAAGUUACCCCUACACCCCCGGCGGCAUGAUCUUUAUGACUGAAUGGGGUUCCGCAAGAGCCGCCGCCAACUUCGCCUUCCUGGCCCUCGUCGUGAGUAUGAGGAGGAGGGGGGGAGUGGAGGGGAAGGGGGGAAGGGAGGGGAGGCAGGGGAAGAGGAGGGAGGAGGGAGGGAAAGGAAGAAGAGGGGGAAAGGAAGAGAAGGUAGGAGGGAAAGAGGAAGAAGAAGAGCAAGAGGGGAAGAGAGGAAGAGGCAAUAGGAGGAAGGGGGGGAAAGAGGAGGGAAGAGGAGUGGGGUAGAGAAAUGGGGGAGGG